UCAAGUUCAUUGCAACUGCUGGUCACAGAGAACAGUGAAGGAGCGAACAGAAUCAUCAGGGGCAAAUAUCUCAGUGGACAGAGGAGCCUUUCCAGGGCUCACGGAUGCUAUGACUGUAGGAUUGUGCUAACUGACCCCUCUGGAGUUUUCACUUCUCCGUGCUACCCCAGUGAUUAUCCCAACAGCCAAGCAUGCAAAUGGAUCAUCCGAGCACCUCAUGGAUUCAUCAUACAGCUAACAUUCAUCGAUUUUGACAUUGAAGAAGCUCCAGGCUGUAUUUAUGAUUCACUAACAUUAGACAACGGAGAGAGCCCGAUGAACCUUUGUGGCAUCACUGCCAAAGGGUUAUCAUAUAAUUCUACUGGAAAUGAAAUGAUUGUGUCUUUUAAAAGUGACUUUAGUAUCCAAAAGAAAGGUUUUAAUGCCAGCUAUGUGCGAAUUGCUGUGUCUCUGAGGAAUCAGAAAGUCAUCAUUCCCCAGGUGCCUGAUGUUGACACCGCGUCUGUGGCAGAUACUGUGUCAAUACCAGAGCUUAGCCAGUUUACGCUGUGCUUUGAAGCAACCAAGGGCAGCAGCGAUGACAAUGAUGACUGGAAGGUUUUCUCCUACAGUAACGCCUUGUCGACAGAGUUCUUCAGCUUUGGAAAGACCACAAAAGGCCAUUUUCUGUCCAUCUCAGGCAUUGAAUGCAUACUUGAGAAUGCACUGCCCCGAAGCGCAGAGUUUUUCACAGGAGCCUUUGAACAGCUUUGUGUUGUAGGGGAUAGCUUCUCCGGCAGUAUAGGUGUAUAUGCCAAAAGCAUCUAUCAUACAAUAUACUGUCCGGGUAUCUUUGGCAAAGUUAUCCCUGGAAAUGGGAGACUGGUGCUGGGUUCUAACAGCAAUGAAAUAAGCUCUCUAAAUGGGGACAUUUACAACUUCCGCCUUUGGAAUUUCACCAUGAAUGCGCAAGCACUGGCCAACCUCAGCUGUGAUGUGAAAGGAAACAUUGUCGACUGGGAAAAUGAAUUCUGGAGUAUUCCAACUUCAGCACUGAAAGCCGAAAACAAUUUAAGUUGUGGCUCAUACCUAAUUCCCUCUUCUACGAUUGAACCAACAAGUUGUGCAAACCUGGGAAGCCUUUGCCAAGCUACUGUAAAUGCUACUACUCCUACACCACCCAUUGUCACCACUAACAUGCCCGAUACUAAUAGAACCGAUAAGCCAAACAAUGGUGGGCUAUUCUACAGGAUAUCUAUAACUGUCUUUAGUUUAAACCCCAACUCAGCAUCGAAAGUACACGAUGUGGUUGCAGAAUGGCUAAACCGAACGUUCCAGAAUUGGAAUUACACUGUGUAUGUGGUCAAUAUCAGCAUCCAACCUGGCCCCAUAAAAGAGGGAGUAAGAGAUAAAAGAAGCAUUGACAGUCAAAGUUUUGGGGUUUUGGCUCUUCUUGUUUAUAAUUCUACUAACAACAUCAAUUUAGAAGAGCAAGACAUCCGCCAGAAGCUCAUAAAUAAUAAUGAGACCAUAACAGGUGGAUUUAGGCUUCAUACUGUGGAUGUUGAUCCCGUGGAAAAAUGUUCAGCUGAAGAAAAUCCUCCAAACUAUUUUUGGCCAGAUACCAGACCCACUGUGACCAACUUCACAUUUUGCCAUGGGAGCUCAGUUCAGAUUGCAUCAAGAACCUGCUAUUUGGGUCUGCAAAAUUAUACAUCAUACUGGGGCCAACCUGAUCUUAGAAACUGCACAGAAAAUGCAGCUGAUAUUGCCAAUCAGCUUUUGAAUCUCACUGGUGAAGGGCAGCAACUAACUUCAGACAAAGUAAAUGAUGUUGUCCAGAAGCUCAAAAAAAUUGUGAACGAUGAAGAAAUUGAUGAAUCUCUGGGUUCUACCGUGGUGACAAUUUUUUCCAAUAUUCUAACAAGUUCAGACAGUGUAUUGGCCGCAUCAUCUUCAGAAGCUCUAAAAACUAUUGAUGCCUUGGCUCUAAAGAUCCAGUUCACUGGACCAUCCAUGAGCAUUUCAACACGAAACCUCGCGCUUGGAGUAUCUUCUAUAAACUCAACUUCAUUCAAAGGUUCUUCUUUUAGCGUCAGCCCACAGAAUAAUGCGUCUGAUUUUCAGAUAGAUUUUGACAAGGAUCAGACAAAUGCCUUUGCUUCUGUUGUUCUACCAUCAAGUUUACUGAAGAAUUUAAGUGAAGAUGAGUUUGAAGUUAUAUCCAGGGCUCAGUUUACUUUCUUCAACAAAAAUGGUCUUUUCCAGGAUCCAGAAACUCCUGCCAACUUGACCAGUUUUGUUGUGGCAUGCAGUAUUGGAAACAUAACAAUUCAGGACCUUCAGGAUUAUGUGAAGAUUACGAUUAAACAUACCAAAGUUCAGGAAGAUCCUAAGCCUACCUGUGUCUUCUGGGAUAUGAGCAAAAAUGGUGGCAAUGGUGGUUGGAACCCUACGGGCUGCAAGGUGCAAGCAGAAUCCAAUGAGAAUGAGACGAUUUGCUUAUGCAACCACCUCACACACUUUGGGGUCCUAAUGGAUCUUCAGGGAACAGUUGCGCAAAUAGACUCACAGAAUACCAAGGUCCUCACCUUUAUCACUUACAUAGGCUGUGGGAUAUCUGCCAUAUUUUCAGCUGCAACUCUUCUGACAUACAUUGCAUUCGAGAAGCUGCGAAGAGAUUAUCCAUCAAAAAUCCUGAUGAAUUUGAGCACAGCCCUGCUCUUUCUUAACCUGAUCUUCUUACUUGAUGGUUGGAUUGCGUCAUUUGACAUAGAUGGCCUCUGCAUAGCUGUUGCCUCCCUUUUGCACUUUUUUCUUCUGGCCACCUUUACAUGGAUGGGACUAGAAGCCGUUCACAUGUACAUUGCUCUAGUAAAAGUAUUCAACACCUAUAUACGACGAUAUAUACUGAAGUUUUGCAUCAUUGGCUGGGGAUUGCCUGCUCUAGUGAUAGCAAUUGUUUUAGCAAGUGCAAAUACAAACGCAAGUCACGUUUAUGGCAAAGAAUUAUACGGCAGAGAUGCUAACGGGCAAGGAGGAGACGAUUUCUGCUGGAUCAAGAAUAAAGUUGUCUUUUAUGUGACUUGCGCUGGUUACUUUGGCAUCAUGUUUCUGAUGAACAUUGCCAUGUUUGUUGUGGUGAUGGUGCAAAUCUGUGGGAGGAAUGGGAAAAGAACUAAUCGGACCCUGAAGGAAGAGAUCCUGAGGAAUCUCCGUAGUGUUGUCAGCCUGACCUUCCUCUUGGGCAUGACGUGGGGCUUUGCCUUUUUUGCCUGGGGUCCCUUAACUCUCCCUUUCUUGUACCUCUUCUCAAUUUUCAAUUCAUUGCAAGGUUUAUUUAUAUUUGUUUUCCAUUGUGCUAUGAAAGAAAAUGUGCAGAAACAAUGGAGGAGACAUCUCUGCUGUGGCAGAUUCCGACUGGCAGACAAUUCAGAUUGGAGCAAGACAGCAACCAACAUUAUAAAGAAGAGUUCUGAUAAUCUUGGGAAAUCCUUAUCCUCUAGUUCCAUUGGCUCCAAUUCAACCUACUUAACAUCCAAAUCAAAAUCUACCACAAAUACAUAUUUGAAACGAAAUAGCCAUACAGAGAAUAUUUUUGUUGACAAGUCAUCUUCAAAAUUUACCCAAGAGGACGGAGAACAGACGUCAAUCAUUCCUGUCCAUCAGGUUAUUGACAAGGUCAAAGGAUACUGCAAUGCUCACUCCGACAACUUCUAUAAAAAUAUAAUCAUGUCCGACACGUUCAGUCACAGCACAAAGUUCUAACUGGGCUUCUGAUUUUUUGAACCAAAGGAAGACAACGAAUCUGCAUGGAAUUGAGAAUAAUGAAGGAGCAGUUCGUCUAUCAUUUAAUGUGACCUGUUUAGUUAUUUUUCCCAGGUUAUAGCGUUAUCCUGUUAACAGCUUCCACCUGAGGACCAAUUUCUUUACCCUUUUACUGUUUGGAAAAGGACAAUUUUCUACCCUGAUAUUGAGCUGUUUUGAAAUGAGUGCCAGCCAACAUGAUACCUGGACAGCUAAUUGCCAUCCUGUGUAAAUAUUUUUAAGACUGAAGAAGAGCCACAAGCCUAACUGUAAAUUAUGUAGUCCAAACAGAAGCAAGUUUCGACCCUUGGAGAAAGUAGCAGACAUCCUGCAGUACAGGCAAGCUCUUUCUGAACAGUAUACUGAUGGUCCUUUCCUUUUGAGGAAAAUGGAUUUUCCCCACUGCAUUUGUUAAGGUUCUUGCUUCUUGACUGUCCAGUGCUGUCUGUUCUUUUUUUGAGUGAAACCCUAACACCAGUGUUAAAGGGUUAUUUUCAACAGUUUUUGACUAAAUAGGCCUAAUCAUGCAAAUCUUGCUUGGCGAAACUGAACGUGCUGUAAAUUCAGGCUGUUUUAUAUUCAUGUGCAUAGGAACACACAUACUGCACAGAUGUGCUGGCUGAGAAGGAUGUACAGGUUGCUAAUAACUCUUUUGCCAAUUUUAAGCCCAUCUAUACGUAUGAAAGCAGUGGUGUGUGUCCUUUGGACUGGUGCAGAACAAGCAAACAGGUAAAUCCAAAGUUUACAAGAAGCCAUGUUUCAACAUUCACUGGUCAGUACGUAUGAUAGGUGGCAUCUCCCAUUGCAACACUAAUUAUACAGUGUCUGCACCAAUGUGUACAAUCCUGUGUUUAGCGCUCCUUUUCACUAAAUGAAAUAGAAGACAUUCACCUAUCUAUAGAUAUAUAACUAUAUACAUAAACCUCUCUCCACACAUUUUUAUAAUAAGGCACACAGUAAAUACUACAGAGGAAAUCACAAUGUGUAGCACAGACAAUUUAAGAAAUUUAAGAACAAUGAAUGGUGCUAAAAUGACCCUUUUAGAUACAAGAUGGACACUUUGUAAGCCCAUAGGCGCGUUUGUCAGUUUCUGUACGUCAGCUAUGUCGUACGUAUGGCCACCACCAUCGGAUGGCAUGGCAACAUGAGAAUAGUCUGAGGAUUGCAGUAUGUUUCCCGGUAAUGGAUAAAUGUCAUCUUUCUUGGCGCUUCCAGUAUCAAUAUUAUCAUCUCUCUCCUGCCCCCCAUUGACUGACCAGAUCAAGAUUGUUGAAGGCAUAGUGUCAAGCAGUGUUCAGGCAACUUUAAUGAAUUUUGCAUUACUAUACUGUGUGCGUAACUGUGCGGAGUUUUGUGUGGGUGCAGAGGGCAGACAAGAAUAUCAAAUGCUUGCUUGUAUUGAUAUCUAUAAGUUUAUGACUCACUAGCACACAACCAGGUCUGCCAAAAUGCAUCUCUCAUGUAGUAUGUCUCACUGCAUGCCAGUCUGUAUAAAAUUUUUAACUGCACAUGUCAAUGAAAGUGUGAGCCAAAAAAUCAAAGGUAUUUUCAAGUAAUUUUUUGAGCGAAUAGUGUCUCCUAAUGGAAAUUUUCAUCUUUCAAAAAGGUCGUUUUACACCAAAGUGUUUUUAGCCAAAUAUUUGAUUAGUUGUAUUCGGAAGGUGGCCGGAAAGUUGUGCUGUGAGACUUUCAGUUGCCAAGCAGGUGGGUGUUCAGUGAUUUGGAAUGUGGAUUUGUGCCUUUUUCUGCUCUUUGCAUGCACUUUUGUGUGCAGAGAUCAUUUAAUGCUGUGACUGCACAAAUGGAGUAUUUUUGCUGGCUACAAACACCUUGUUUGCUGAGAGGGAGGAGUAUGCUCUAGUUGUAUGCCGUCCAGAAACACUGCUGUUGCUACAAAUACCUUUAAUGAAACCUCAAUCUCAUAACUGCAAACACUUACAUGAUGGUAUGAAUGAAAGUCAGCCCUAUUUACUUCAAAUGCAAUUAUUAACAGGGAUGAAUGUUAUCAGAUAUCUUUAACAAGGGGAAAAAAUUAGGGAGAGAAAUUAUGUACCAGCAUUUACUGAAUUUAAUAUUUUAUCAUCCCACUUGCUUAACUACUGUAGAUAAUAGUGUUCACAUAGCAGCUUACUGUGAGAUUUCUACCUGAUUAAGGUGUUUAGAAGUGAAGAGAGGGAAAAACCGAACAUUCCUGAAAAAUGAGGAAUUAAUAAAACAUAAUAAAUCAGUAAAUAUAAACAAAAGCAAACACAGUAUCUUGACUGAAGCGAAGCUGUUAGCUGACUAUCAAUUUAAUGUACAGCUACCUAUAUUUUUGCUGAAUUAAGAUUUUUCUCUUUUUUUUUUACUACCAUGUAGUAAUCUUAAACUGUCUAUGUCAGUUAGAUGCUCUUGAAUGCUCUCAGUUCUCCAAUGUAAAGCUUCUACUUUGUAGUUGACAUGCUGUAACCUCCCUUGUAUAUAUUUAUUUAUUUUUGAGGUUAAAUAUGUCAAAAUAUAUUUACUCUAUAAUGUCUGUUCUUAUUACUUUAAAAGUAAGCUUCUCCUUCAUCAUAGAAGAAGAGGGAAAGAAUAAUUUCUUAUAUAUAUUUUUUCCAAACACCUUGUGAAACAAUUUACUGUCGUUCUUUUACGUGUAUGAGGAAACAUGUCGGUGUAAUUUGUAAUACUAGUCAGUGGAAUAUAGUGUAACAGGUUUAAAGAUGGACUAAAGUGGAAAGAACCAUUUUAGAAUAAACAUUCUUGAUGUUAGCGUUCCAAAUAAUUAAAGUUUUUAAUAGUGAA